UGACACUCUGGAACGCUGGAAAUGGCUUAUUGAUGCCGAGUUAUUUUAUCCAAUAUUUCUAGAUUUUUGCAGUAGAAAGCCAUUUAAAAAAACACAUAAAAUGUCAAUUUCAGCCAAUAUAAGCGUCGAAGCUCCAAUUGAAAAUCAAAUUCAAGAGAUCGCCUACGAUGGGACUGAAAUAUAUCAACUACCGCCUACAUUGUCAGAACAUUUGGCAAAAUGUGCAGCAAAAAUUGAUUUUAGCAAAACCGCCAACGAUAUCGACUUAGUUCAGCAAAGUAUAAAAAAGGAAGAUGAAAAGAAGGACGACGAAUCGAAAGACUCAGCUGCUCUGUUUCAGUCAAGUCUAUGGCCAUGGGAUUCAGUUCGCAACAAGUUGAAGGAAGCCUAUACGGAAGUUUGCGUUCUGUCGGAUGUGCUUUCAAUUGCCAAGGAGAAACGUUUCAUGGUACUGGACCCUAUUCCGCAAGAUCCACCGGAGGUUAAACCGAUGGUACAAGUUUAUGCGAGAAAGAAAGCUUUGGCUAGCGCUGCUAACAUAUUAUUAACUGGAGCCGAACGACUAAAAACAGCUCACACAGAUCAAGGAGGAGCUCGUAGUAUUCCCGAUUUCCACAUUGAGUUGCUUAGAUUACGGAGAAACUGGCGCUUGAAAAAGGUAUCGAAUACUAUUAUUGGGGAUCUGAGUUAUCGAACGGCCGGAUCCAGAUUCAUGCACCCUGGCAUGUUCGAGGUAACAAAGGCGGAGGAUGAAGAAUCGAGUGAAGAAGGCAGCAGCGGCCCGACCACUAUCGGUGGAAUACCUCCAGGGCCAAAAAUAAAUUCGGCAUUAAGAGUUAAUGUACCCACUGAGCUACAGGGAGUCGCAUUCAUUAAAGUCAUCACUCAGAAGGACCAGGAAGAUUUAUGCACAGCUACUGUCAAUAUGAUGGGAUCUACACAGUUGCACAGUUCCCAGGCUGGGGCGUGGCAACAAACUUUAGAGUUCGCACAGAAUGUUUUGUUCUGCAAGGAGCUAUUCAAUCAGCUUGCUAGAGAAGCUGUUCAGCUGCAAGCGCCAAUACCGCAUGUAGUAGUCGGUAACCAGAUUCGGGCGACAUUAUUACCUGGAAUUCAAUUGAUAAUAUCGCUAUGUCACUCAACGUCUUCUGAUUCGAAUAACAGUUCGGAACCUAUCAAGGAUCACGAUCAUGUUUUGGAACAUUCCCUGCACCAGUUGCUUCGUGAGUUCCAUCAUAAAAAUACCCACCAUCCAUUUCCGCAUCCCGCCAGCGCUCCACUUGGGCCGAGUAAGAAACGUAUGUUGGCAGGACCGUCGGCCUUCGAUCGAUACGAGUUAUUAGAGAUGACUAAAUCGCAAACCCUAUUGGAACAGAUCAUCGCUCAAGCUCAACAUAUAUUUACCCGUCGCAGGGCUCAGUACGUUCUCGACACAUUGGCGAAAGACGUCAAAGACCCUCAAAUCACAUCCCACUGGAACGCUAUGAAUAGCCCCACCAUGUCAUGUGUUAAAAUUAAUAUUACUUCACACGGAUACGACGCCAAUUUGCGGACAUCGUUGGUCAUCCAUGUGAAGGAACGCUCUCUCAAGUGUAUUUGUCGAGAUGGACGUAUCAUGCACAUGUCUUACGAAAUGCAGGAGUUACGUGAUCUGAUCUAUUGCCAAAUCAGUCAGCAUCAGAUUAUUUGCCUCCAGAAUCUGGCCAAGUGCAUGGCUUGGCAAAUCUCGUCCAACAGUAGCCAUCUGGGCAUCGGUUCAGUGGAACCACUGGGUAAUGCCAGCUCAUGUGUACUCGCAUCACCGAACAGCGAUCGCCUGGUUGCGGUACAGGUACGGUGCGAUCCACAGAUUGAUGUGAAAGUGUACAUUGCCCAAAGUCCAGGAAAAGAUUUUUUCCCCGGGUCGUUAGUUCAAGGGCGUCACUGGGAACAUCUGGGAGGGCACUUUAAAGAGGUCCGUUUCGACAAAAUGGAGGGAAAGAAUUUUCACAACAAAAUGGAAUUCCUUAUGGCUAGCUUGACCAGCCAGUCCUAACCAAUACUGGAGAGGCUGUUUUUAGACGACGCGGUUUCGAACAAUGAAAGUAUGCAGAACCACCACUCUGAUUUGGUAAAUCACUUUACCCUAGAGCUCGGCAGCUCCCGAAUGGAUUGAAAAGAUAUGGUAAUUUGCCAGAAAAUGUAACCAUCUUGCGAGAUGCCAAUUAAAAAAACAGUUUCAACAGAAUAAGGGAACAAUGUUCAUUUACAUUUAAUUAUCUGCAACACCAUCCUCUGGACGUAUUGUGGAAAAGUCUUCACCAUCUCAUUCAGAAAUUAUUACGUAAAGAUAAAAUAUAUUACAAGAAUACACGUAGCAUAUAAAACAUACCUAAUUACCAAG